GACAAUUUAUAUUUGUUAAACGAAUAUCCUAAAUUAAUAAAAUUUGAAUCUUCUGUUCACAGGUUCACUGGUGUGUAAGUGUUUUGUCUUGCUAGCAUUAUUGUCUGAUUAGAAUCAUCAGAUAACCCUUAUUUAUUUCUAAUUGAAAUUAAAUUUAUUUGAUUUAUUAACCUUUUAAAAUGCCAGAAGGUGUAAAUGUGAGUAGGGGUAAAAAAAUAUGUGAACAGAGAUCACCACUAAUAAAAGGCAUCCUAGAAUGGAAUGUAUCUGAAGUUGACGAAAUGACACGAUGGAUUCCUAAGAAAAAACAACCCAUAUUGACUGAAAAGGUUCGACAAAGACUAUAUGGUACCCCUGGAAUGAACAUCUUUAACUACGAACGGGAUAAACCAAGACCAAGGAAACUCUAUGAACCUCAAUUUGAUGUAGGAAUGAUUCCGAAGGAAGAACCUAAAAGACUCACUAGGUGUAUAAACAUACUAAACAGUGCCUUAAAGGAAUCAUUGGACGAGUCUUUGUUGCCUAAGGAGGGGUCGGAAAUAAGGACUGCCGGUAAACCCAUCUUGAACAAAGCUCACAUAUCGCAACUCAAAAAUGGAGAACUAAUUAAUGGAGAUGGAAGUGAAGAAUUAUUUGUUCCAAAAAUAGGAACUAAUUUAAUUCCGACAUACAACAGAGUAUCAAGAAGGAAAACUUUUGAUUAA